GCCCCAAAGAAGCCGCUGCAGUGCCAGCCACGAUGGACGGCCGACGACGACGAAGCCCUGGAACAGGCAUUCCAGCGGGCAGAGGCGCCGAAAGAACAAAGGCCGCCGCGACCGGAAGCGACAACAACGAUCCAGCAACGCUUGCAAGAAGCACCGCUGGACGACUUCGCGCAGAACCGGCUGCACGACGAGGAGGAGCACUUUGGGGGCGAGCUGACCAUGAAGAAGAUGACGGGCGACGGCAACUGCCUCUUCCACGCGCUCGCGGAGAAAAGCGGCGAGGACGGGGUCCACCUACGAUCCCUGAUCAUCCAGUACCUGAAAGAGAACGCGUUUUCCCAAGAGCACGAAGAGCAAGUGGAAACCUGGCUGGAGGAAGCCGAACACCUCGAAAGCAACCCGAGCAACUGGGGCGGCGACACGGCCGUCGUGGCCUUCACCCUCAUGAAACAACAGCGAACUUUUGUGCACUGGCGGGAGUCCGACGGCGAGAUCCGCACGAGCGAGCGCACACACACGGAAGUGGGCGCAGAGGCCUUUCAGAACAUCAUGCAAGCAAUCCAUCUCUGGUACAACGGGAAGGACCACUACGAUGUGCUG